AUGAAGCCUAGCUAUUCAUUUUUCUCACUUCAGAUUGUCGAUGCUCUUGCAUAUCUACAUGCAGAGAAGAUUGCGCAUCUAGACGUCAAGCCAGAAAAUAUAAUGUUGACAAAGAAGGACCACGCUAAACUUAUAGAUUUCGGUUGGGCAGUAGACUUAAAAAAGACUCCUCUUCUCCGUGGGCCAGUCGGCACUACUAGCUAUGCGGCCCCAGAAGUUUUCGGGAGAGGGUAG